AUGGACGGAGGUAAUUUAUGGGGGGGUUGGAGGAAAAAUAGUUCGUUUCGUUAUCUGGAUAAUGUGGACGAGGAGGAAGAGCUGAAGAUGGUGUCAAACAUUCCGUCGAUUCCGCAAACGCCCAAGGAGCCCAUGGAGUUCUUGUCCAGAUCCUGGAGUCUCUCCGCUUCCGAGAUCACCAGAGCUCUGGCAUUCAAGCAGAGACCUAUCCUUGUUGAUAAGAAUCCAAAUGCAACGACCCCCGAGAAAGUUGCUUCUCCCGUACGCUCCGGGAAGAUCACGGGAUCGUUCAGCUCUCGGAGAACGAGGUCGAUCGGCCGCUGGUUCCAGAACAAGGAAUUCAAAAAUGGCGCGCCGAAGAAGAAAGACAAAGCGCGAGCGGAAAAUGCGCGGAUGCACGCCGCCCUCUCCGUCGCGGGACUAGCGGCGGCGUUGGCUGCUGUGACUGCGGCGGAGAACUCGAAAGGCUCGGGGUCGAAAUUGGGGGCGGCUAUGGCGUCGGCGACGGAGCUCCUCGCAUCUCAUUGCAUCGAGAAGGCUGAAUCGGCGGGGGUUGAUCAUGAUCGUGUGGCUGUUGUUGUGAGAUCGGCGGUUGAUAUUCGGAGCCCUAGUGAGAUAGUGACUUUCACGGCGGCGGCUGCAACAGCUUUGCGAGGAGAAGCAGCUCUGAAAGCCAGAUUUUCCAGAGAAGGAAAGAAGAAUGCCUCCUCCAUAAGUCCAUGUGACAAAGGUGCAACAACAGAAGCUCAGAGGGCUGCUUCUUUUAAUGGUGAAAUGGAGGUGCAGGAUCCUCAUCCUCCCUGUUCUGGUGAUUUGUUGCACCACACACGAAAAGGAAUAUUACGGUGGAAGAAUGUGUCCGUGUAUAUCAACAAGAAAUCUGAGGUCAUAAUAAAGAUGAAAAGCAAGCAUAUAGGAGGAGCCCUUACCAAGAAGAAUAAAGGUGUUGUUUAUGGCGUAUGCGAUGACGUUUCUGCGUGGACGUCCAGGAAAGAAUUUGAGUUGGAAAACGUGGAAAUGUAUUUUGGAGUCAAAACAGCACAGGGAGUUGUGGAGUUCAAGUGCAAGAACAAGAUCCACAAACAGGAGUGGGUGGAAGCGUUGCAACAUCUGCUUCGUCAAACCACCACCAGCUAUGUGGAGGAGGAAGCUGAGCCUGAGCGCGAGCGCAGUUUCAAGCAUUUAGAUUUAGACGUACAAAAGGCUAUCUAAUUUUAGGUUGUUCAUACUACGUACAGAUGUCUUGUUAGUCCGUGGUGCAUUGUCGGAUGGGGAUAUAGAGUGAGUACCCAUUGCCAGAGGCCAGGGUGGAUCAGUUUAUUUCCUGGGAAAAAUUUGUUUUAACUUACA